AUGUCCUCGAAGUCGUUCACUGUGGAUGAUUCACCGUCUGUGACAGCCCAUGAAAGCCCGAUCGCAGUCGCGUUCAAGCAUCAUUAUCUUUUGCAUGCAAUACUUGGUCUUUCAGCACUUCAAUUGUACACGACUGAUCGUGCCCAAUCAAAGUGGUAUCAGCAAGCAACCUCGCAUCAAGACGCGGCAAUUCGACAAGCCAGACCUCACCUCUCACACACUGCUCCGGAACAUGCCGAAGCGAUCUUCUGGUUCUCAUCUUUUACCUCAAUGUUUGCCCUUGCAGAACCUCCUAUACGUCCGUCACAAGAAGGCCAGAUGAAGCUCGACGCCACGAAGGAACUUCUUCACGCCUUUGGCCUCGCUCGUGGUAUUAGAACGAUUACGCACUCCCUACCUGAAGAUUGCGACAUAGCCAAAGCCACAGCACCAGAGCUCUGGCAGGAUAACCGGGAUGAGUUGAGACCAACGUUGAGAGAGGACUACCCAGCCUUGUUGCAGCUCGAGGAGUUCAUCGAAGGUAAUUGCGAAGAUAGUGAGCAGCUCUUUGUGUGCCUGACUCAUGCUGAGGAGCUCCUGCUGUUCAUCGCCGUGCUACAACAUGCUCCGACGAAUAGGAAGGCAACACAUCUUAUCAUGUCCUGGUGCAUGGGUCUUCCAGCAAUGUUCCUUGACAUGUGCAGCAAGAAAGUCUCUGCAGCAGUUGCAACUCUGGCAUUCUAUGGAGUGGCUAUGCAUACACGGCAGGAGAGGUUGGCCAGAGAUAUUGCUCACGGAGUGUGA